AUGUUUGUGAUUGUUUUACUGACAAUCAGUGUCUACUGUUGCACGUGGAAUGUGGGUGGCGAGCCGCCACCACGACAGGACCUCUCGAAGCUUCUGGGUGUGGACAGUGAGCCACAUCCUGACGUGAUCUUUCUCGGUUUACAGGAGGUCGUCAGAUCGGAAGAGUGGUACAGCGCCUUGAAAAUAGUUAUGGCUCCUCUGAAUUACGUUCUUGUAAGUCUCGUCUUCCAAUCUCAUGCGUAUCCUCUUCCUGGGUUAGAUCAAAUAUCGGAACUGUUGGGCCAUUUGGAUUUAUGCGUUCGUGAAACGGGAAAUAAGGGGGCAUGUAGUGUGCGUUUUGAGAUCUGCGGUGUCAGCAUUGCAUGUGUAUCCGCCCACUUCACACCGCACGCUGAGAAACUUGAGGACCGAGUUAACGACUAUAGAGAUAUCUUAAAAGGUCAAACCUUCCGUGAUCCAGACGUAAAUCUUCUCAUGGAUCAUGACUAUAUUUUCUGGAUGGGUGAUCUUAAUUUUCGAACAGAAGGCUUGGAAAAGAAUGCUGUCGAAGAACUAAUCUCGUCGAAACGUAUUGAUACCUUAAUGGAAUACGACCAGUUAAAGAAGGCCAUGAAAAAUGAUAUGGUAUUUCUCGACUUCAAAGAAGGUGAAAUCACCUUUCCACCGACUUUCAAGUAUGACAAGGGUACAAUGAACUACGAUUCUAGUAAGAAGCAGAGAGUACCAUCGUACACGGAUAGGGUCCUCUACAUGGCUCACAAUGAUUUUGCGUUGGGUCACAAUGUACAGUUGGAUGAGAUGGGUCGCAAGGUACCACAGCCGACACGUGAGCGAGUAGUGCAAAGCGGCCCGUCCACUGGUUCGUCUCUCUCUACGUCCUCAAUUUCCACUGCCGAAGAGUACCGUGAGGAGGAUAUGGUCAUGGAAACAUCAAACCUUCACCUCCUUGCCUACAACCAUUUGCCUAACUAUAUCACCUCCGACCAUCGUCCAGUUUUCGCUCGUUUCCACGCUCGCGUAUCACCGGCAUGGUUUCAGCUUCCAGUUCGCUUUAUCCAACCCUUUUCUCUCACACACCCGGUUGACAAGGACCUCAGAUUCCUCUACGUGGCGAUGGACCCACCUCCGCUCAUGACGGAGGACCUAGUAAAUAACCGGUCAUGGCCAUGGAAGUCGCAGUACAAUGUCCCUAUUCGCUCCACCUCUAAUGCGGUUUACUCGCGCCGCUCCUCCGACGAAUCACAACAGCCAUUGAUCACCGCUGAGGCGCCGGCAUUUGCAAUGAAAGCUGUGAAAGUGAACCACGCUUCGAGCAAAUUCUUGGACACCAGGCGGACACGUCUGAGCGUCUCUUGUGAGAGCCUCGAGCUGCACCCCCCUGCUGCUCUGAAUGUGCGCGACUUGGAUUGGGUUGCGGUGCUACCUGUUGACUUCUACAAUCUCUGGAAAGAUGAUCUUGUCUCCAUAUUUAACUCGAACUCGACCCUCUCCAGUUCGGGCUCGACCCUAGAUGACCUUGUUGAAGGAGACAUGAAGCGCAAUGAAAAACUUGCGGUUGUGCGGGAACAAAUACCUGUCUCCAGAUUCAGCAAGGCGUAUACCUUGCUUAAGGCAAAGGUUGACUCCCGUGUCUUGCAAAGGUGUCGCUCUGGAGCCAUACAGCUCGUCUACUUUUCAAGACUCAAAAAUUGCCCGCAAGGCUACAGUGAAAUCAUUAAGGUUGCAGCAUAG